AUGGCUUCUCUCCUUGCUACUGUACCACCCUCAGAAAAACAUCUUUUCGAUGAAAAUAAAUUGAGUGCAUUAUUCAAAGAACAUGGUGGGUUCUAUAAUUUUUUUCGAAACUCAAAACCAUCAGGGUCUGGGAAACCCCAAACUUUUGGAGGAGACAGAGCAUUAAGGGGAAGUAGUAGUGAAAAACCAUCUACGCGGCCCUCAUCGAAUCGAGAAGGUUUCCAUCAAAAAGCUUCUUUCAGUUCAGAUAAAAAAAAGCAAAUCGAGGAGGGUAUAGGACAUCACAGAAGUCCCGAAAUAUUCCUAGAUCAUCAAGCACUGGUAGAGGACGAGAUUCAAAAAAUCUAUGACUCGCAGAAUCGCAGAGAAUUUCAAGGGGGGCAAUUGAGGCACUUCACCAAAAGAUGGAAACCAUCGACAAUUCCAGUUUCAGACAGUCUUUGUGCCCGACUAGAAACGAGACCAUCGACCGAGGUGGACAGGGAACUGACAGAGUUCAUUAAGUCGGGAGUUCUAGAGAGGAAGAACGUUCCAUCCGGAUUCCUCUCCACAGUUUUCUUACUCCAAAAAUCUGAUGGUUCCCUCAGUCCGGUUUUCAAUCUCAAGCGCUUAAACGAGUAUCUGAGACCAGGAAAAUUUCGAUUAAUAACCCACUCGAAAGUUCCGGGUUUCCUUCAGAGGAAAGACUUCUUAGCAAAGAUAGAUAUAUCGCAAGCUUACUUACAUGUCCAUAUAAAAGAGUCUCACAGGCGAUAUCUAGCUAUGUACUACCGGAAGAAAAUAUACUGCUGGACGGCGUUGCCUUUCGGCCUCUCUAGCGCUCCUCUAGCCUUUUCAAGAAUAUCGAAUUGGUUAGCAGGUCAACUGAGAAAAAGAGGGGUGAGAGUUAUGGUCUACUUAGACGACUUCCUUUUGGCGAACCAAGACAAGCACCUCUUGAUUCAACAACUAAAGGAAAUAGUAAAUUUUCUCACCUUCUUGGGAUGGAAAAUAAAUGUUCCAAAAUCAAUCCUAGUGCCUAGUCGAAAGUUAGAAUAUCUGGGCAUCAUGUGGAAUCCUUGGACAGACCUGAAAUUUUUAUCCGAGAAGAAGACGAAAAGAUUAAAGCUAACCCUAAACAAAAUAAUGAGUCAGCAAAAAUGGAGCUGGCAGCAAGCGAAGUCUCUCCUAGGAACCUUGGAAUUCGCUUCCUUUGUAGUUCCUCUAGGAAGAGUAUUUUGCAGGAACUUGCAGCGAGCAGCAUGCUUGCUCCCGAAAGAUUUCCUAAAUUAG